AUGCCGCUGCCGCGCGUCGAAGUCCUGGACAUUUCGCUUCUCACAGCCUCCAAGGGACGCAGCGCAGACGUCCUCAAGCUGAUGGUCUCUGCCCUUCCCCGAUGGAAGACUUGUGCGGUCCCCAAUGCUCUGACGCGCUCCAUGUCGGGCAUGGGAUCUUCACCGGAUCUCCUCGAACGAGUGGAAGUCAUUGGAUCGAUCUGGCAUCGCUUGGACAGCGAGAUUUUCAACAGAGCGCCGUGCUUGUACGCUUGGACAGGGCCGUUCACUGAGCUUCCCUGGGCCCAGCUCAGCGAGCUCAACAUCACGGAGUUCACGGUGGUGGGGCACACGUUCACUCACGUCCUCUCCGUCUGUCCGGCACUAGUUAAGCUUCGCCUUUGCCUCUGUCGCGACCCAGGCUGGCUGGAAGGGCAGCCCCGCACACUCCCGCGCUUGGAGGCAGCGAACUUCACCGUGGGCAAUCCCAAUAUCUUCGCGUUCAUGUUCAGCAAGCUGACGACACCGAGACUGAAAUAUCUCGAGUUGAAGGGCGUCAGUAAGGCAGACCCCGGUAGUCGCCCCGGGAACGCGCGCCGGAUGCUCCAGCUGGAUAGCUGGCCGCUGUCGGAGUUCACCGACUGGCUCAGCCGCUCGCAGUGCACCAUCGAUGCUCUUUCCCUGUUUACGAUCGCUAUGCCCAGAGCCCACGUCGUCGAUAUUUUGGAGCGUCUGCCAUCGCUGCAAUCCUUCACGAUCUGGGAGGACUUCGAGGCUGAUUCCGCGUGGGCGGAAGUUGCAGACGAGCCUGUUGUGUACUCCUCGAUUGACAACGGUUUGCUACGCCGUCUUACUGCUGUCGACACCGCCGCACCCUCUCUCCUCCCUCAACUCAAGAGGCUGUCAAUCAAAGGCGAGCUUCGACUUAGCUAUUCCGCGCUGCUGGAUAUGGUGAAGUCACGCGCGACGCCACGCUUGGAAUAUCUCAGUAUAUAUGCAGGAGCGGAAUCACAGCCAGACGACAUGGACGAGGACACCAAAAUACAGCUUCGGCUGGCUAUAGGGAACGAGGGAAUUAUGGAAUUUGAUUCCAGUGCUUCAAUUUCCAAGGGUGUGGACUUCAAACCGAUUCUAUGA